UAGUAGACUCUCUUCGGUCUCCUGAUCAGUCGCCGUGCGCUGUGCGGGUUCGUAUCCCGUCCCAAGAGAAAUUUUUCUCUUGGCUAUGGAUGUUGUGAUGGUCUGUAGAAUAGGUGCUCCACUUCCAGAGUACAGUCAUAUUCUGAGCUUUCGAAGACAAGUUUAUAUAGAACCCAACCAACAGUCCCUAAAUAUCCCAGACUCCAUUGAAAUAACUCAUGAAAACCUAGCCUACCGCAUUUUUCUAUCGCUAGAUAGUCAAAAGUGUUUCAAAUGCAACAAACAAGGUCAUAUAGCGUCCCAGUGUCCACUACCCUCCCAGCAACGACAAACAAAUCCACAUGAGACCCAAUCUACCAAAGAACCUAAAUCAACAAGCACACACCACACAAGCAAUCAACAAAUAAUAACAACAGAGACCCAAGGAACAGCACUAUCUCAACAUAUAGCUAACCCGCGUGAAGCAGAUGUAGAUCUACCAAAUACUAGCCAAUCAGUAAUCGACAAAAGUUCAAUCCCCACCAGAAAAACGCAAGAGCUGAUACCAGAAAUACAAAAUUACACCCAACAAAACAAACCGGAUCAACAAAAUAGAGCUUGUCCGUAAAAUAAGUUCCACGGGCUGCCGCUGGCGCUAGGAUCGUUUCUAUGCACAGCCAGGCAACAGAGGCAGAUUGUUUGGUUCCCCCACUCCAAUCCCUCACCAAGCCAGCCUCGCUGCAACGUUUAGUCUUGGCUCAGCAGCCGUCAGCGAUGGAGCUUCCUCUUGCGUCUCCCGCCAGCUGCGAGUUGCGGUCUGUUAUUCGUUUCCUGGCCGCUAAGAAGAAAUCGGCGAAGGAAAUUCACGAAGAACUUUGUCAAGUGUAUGGAGAAGACUGUAUGAGCUGCGGGAUGGUGCGCAGAUGGG